GCGAUAGCACGUACGGAAUGUUUUGAUAGUUACACCGGAGAGCCGUCAAGCCGAGAAGUGCCUCCUUCCUCACCUGUACUGUAAGGCACUCUUUGCAGACCUGCAGGAUGGCCCAGGCAGACAGCAAGGUGCUGGUUCUGGGAGCACUUGCUGGAGUGGCUGGGAUCAGUUUGGCUGUGGUGUAUUACCAGGGCUUUAGGUCAAGACGAAGAGGCUCGUGCCCGGCAUUCUACCUCAAUCGCACUAAUGAACAGGGGAAUGGCGUCAUGUUGGUGGAUGGUCCAGGUCUGGCCACGGGUCAGGCUGAGGUGCUGGAGCGCCUCGAGGCCCUGAUCCAGUGUGUGUCCGAACUGAAGGAUGAGAUGAAGGCGUUGAAGAAUGCUCUGCCAACGCUGCAGGACCAAGUACGAGAGGAGCUUAGGGGACGCGAAGAAGCACGUCGAGCCAGCCCUCUGCACAGGACCACGCCAACACGGAGGAAAAGAGCUGCAGGCACUAUCACUGCCACCACAGCUGGGGGUCGGAGCUCAGAGGAGGCAGAGAGCGAGGGAGGGUAUAUGACUGCACUGACAGACUCUGAGGAAGAAGAGCCAAGUGAUGCAGAACAGAAAGAUGAAGAACAGCCUGCGGACAAGUUAUGUGUCCUCCUUGAGCGGAUCGACUGUCUGCAUCAGGGCACUGAGUCUGACAAAAGGGAAAGUCUCAAAAUCCUCUUGGAGCAGAGAGAGGAGUUUGAACAGAACUCAUCAUUUCUGUGGCGCCUAAUCCGAGCUUACUGUGAUGUCCAUGACGUCAGCUCCACUCAGGAGGAGAAGAAGACCCACGCAGAAACUGGGAAGAAAGUCGGUGAGGAGGCUGUGAGCCUGAACCCUACAUGUGCUGAAAGUCAUCAGUGGUACGCCAUCAUGUGUGGAAUUAUGGCAGAAUAUGACACAGUACAGAACAAGAUAAAGAACGGAUACAUCUUUAAGGAUCAUCUGGAUAAAGCCAUCGAGCUGAAGCCGCAAGACCCCAUGUCCUACUACCUGCUGGGCCGCUGGUGCUACGCUGUGGCUCAGUUAUCAUGGCUUGAGAGGAAAGUUGCGGCCACAUUAUUUGGAGACCCUCCGAGCGCUACAGUUGAUGAUGCACUGAAGAAUUUUCUUAAGGUUGAGGAGAUCCAACCAGGAUAUUCUAAACUCAACUACGUGUUUCUGGCCAAGUGCUACAAAGACCUGGGGCAGACGGAAAAAGCUCGGAAGAUGUGUGAAGCUGCUUGUUCAAUGAAUGCCGCCUCCAAAGAGGAUGAAGAGGCACAGAAGGAGCUGGACUUGCUCUGCCCAGCGCUCGGAGUGUGACGACACAGCACAGUGGAUCAUUCUGUUUGACAUUUAUUUUCCCUGUGUGUGUGUGUGUGUGUGUGUGUGUGUGUGUGUGCGUGUGUGCAUGUGUGCGUGUGCGUGUGUGUGUGGUGAUAUAGUGUGUACUGAAAGGCCAUCGUGUUAAUUCACUCUGUGAGUGGAGGGAGGUGUGACGUGGCAUUUUAUCACCAAUGGGAGCAAUAGGGUACCACAGUCAGAGCCAUCCUGAACUUUUAAAUCAGACUUUUAUUCAAAUGUCGUGUUGUUAUAAAAACUUCUUUUAAUGGUGGAAAACUUCAAACACCUAGUUGUAGAAAUUGGAUUAAUCAUUAAUCAACUCCCUGUGAUUGUUAGUAUUUGUGUCUACUGUACCGCAGCGUGUAGCAGACUUUCUAUCUGAAAUCCGUUUGCUCCGAGUUUCCUUGACAACAAAGACCUGUCACUUUUUGCGACAGUGACUCAUGGGACUUGCUGUUCCUUCCUCUUCCGUCCUGUUUUUUGUUGUGUCUCCCCACCACACAUUCAAGUGGCAAUAACAAAAGCACAUCAGACAAUGGCGCACCCAAACAAAGAUCUUGGAAUGCCGUGACCACUGGACGAACCCUUGCCCUCUUCACUCUGCCGUCAUUCAGACCAGCUGCAAUGCUCAGUGGCUACAUUUACAUGCAGACUUCAUGCAGAAUCAUUUGAUCAUGCAGCAAACUCAUGUAUUUUUGUUAUGUUGCAGUCUAAUGCUAAAAUAAAUACAAAAUUAAAAAUAAAUUUUUAAUUAAAAAGAAAAAACUGAAAUAGUAUAGUAUUCAGACACUUUGCUAUGACACAUUUUCUCAACAUUUCUCUUGAUCAUCUCUGAGAUGUUUCUGCACCUCAACUGGAGUCCACCUGUUUACCACAGGUAAACAGGUGGAAUUUAUUCAGCUGACUGGACAUGAUCUAGAAAGACACACACCUGUCUAUAAAAGGUCUCACAGCUGACAAUGCCGAUCAGAGACAGGAUUGUGUCGAGGCGUUGAGCUUGUCAUUAUGGGGUAUUGAGUGUAGAUUGAUGAGGUAAUUGUAUUUUAUUUUAGCAUGAAGCUGCGUAACAAAAUGAAAAACGUGACGUGCUGAACACUUUCUGAAUUCACUGUAUGUCAACAACCUUCACUGAAUCAUUUUACUCUGGACUUUUUACAAAUGUUUAUAUCACAGUUUACUUAUAUGACAUGAAUGUCACUCCUCACAUUUUUUAAACCCUGGUUCUCAAUUGACUGUGGGUCAAAAUCUGAGACUGAGUCCUGUGGAUAAUGUGCUCGUUUGUAUGUUCGCCAGAUCAUUGAAAAAAAAAAAAAAAAAAACAUGUAUGAAGGGUUUAGCAAAGAACCCAGUGAAAGAUUCCAGUGACCUGUACCUGUACAGGUGUUUUUGAGCAAAACUUCAUUUGAAUCCAGAGUUCCUGUUGGAGCCUUUCAGGAAGGUUUUUCCUAAAUCAUUAGAUUUUUCACGUCUCACUUCUUGGAGCUCUGAUUCUCUGACAUUUUAUUUCUCUUAUUGUUUUUAAUCCUAAAUCUGUUCUAUUGAGACAAUCUGUUUUAUUAUAAACUUUUCCACAUAGCGGUAAAAAAAAAAAAAAAAGGGUGAAAUGUUUAUAGAAAGCUCCUGUUACAAUUCAUAUAUACAACAUCUAAUUAUCCCAGUUUAGGUUCAGUUGAGGUUUUGCUCAUGUUUCAGUUAGUGUAAAAAACAUCCACAGAGUGAUUCACUUUUAUACCUGAAGUGACAAAUUAUGAUGCUCAGGCUUCAUUAGUCGACUGAAGAACAAACAUGAUUAGAUGACUGUGUGCGUGUAAAUGGAGCCACUGACUCUGCUGUUGGACCGAUGGCUCUGUAGUAAAACUGUUAUGAGUGAAGCAGGGAGGCAGAUCUGUAGCUGUAGCAUGAUGUGAUGGUGCAUGUGAAAACAUUCCAGGCAAGAUAAUGCCACUGAAAUCUGAAAUAAUGGUCGAAAAUUUAAUUUAAGUCAUUCCUAAUUAUUAUGUGAUUGUUUGUCGUGUGUGAUGCAUUUUAGACUUGGAUAUUGUGUGAAACUUUUAGUUUUGUUUACUCUGGAGAUUUGUCUUUGAGGAUUUUUAUUAAUUUACAGUCUGGUUAACGAUAUUUAAUUUUAUGUUUUAAUGAUACCUGCAUUGGGAAAAUUACAAUAACUGUUUUUAUCUGUCACUUUACACGUUUUUCUACCAGCACCAUGAAUGUAUUUGAUUUCUUUUGAAAUGCCAAAGCAGAGUAAAAUAUUCAUCAAGGUUAUAUCAUAUCUGAUACACUACAUAGAGAUUAUACUGAACUGUUAUAAUAUUAUAACAGUAUCAUAGGCAGUGUGCACUGAAUGAUUUAUGGUACUGGCUAUAAUUAAAUCUGUGCAAUCCUAA